AUUUUAAAAAAAUUUUCAACAUUUCAUCAUUCAGGCAACAGCAACACCUCAUGAUUAAAGUAAAAGAGGACAUUUUUGGCAUGGCCGUCAAUCCCUUCACAGGGAUGGCUCAAGUCGUCCGCCGCUAUACGAUCAGUAACGCGAAUCGCUUGACCGUAGCCAUUAUCCAAUUGGGUGCCACAGUACAGAGCAUAAAGGCACCGGAUGCUGAGCACAAUGUGAAUGAUAUUAUCCUUGGCUUUGACGAUGUGGCCGGUUACUUGAUGCAACAAGAUAAACACAUUGGGUGUGUAUUGGGGCGCGUGGCCGGGAUUGUGAGCAAUGGCGAGUUUGUUAUGGAAGAGCGCAAGGUGAUUUUGACACGCAAUUAUAAAAAUAAACAUCAGAUGGACGGCGGUUUUAUUGGACUGGAUAAAGUCAUUUGGGAUUUAGACAUGAUUCGACCGGAUGGCGUCACAUUGCGACAUAUAUCGAAAGAUGGUCACGAAGGCUACGCUGGCAACCUGAAAAUAAUGGUUCAUUAUACGGUGGAUAACGAUAAUCGAUUCUUUAUACGCAUCGAGGCCACCACGGAUCAUAUUACGCCGGUGAACAUUGCAAGCAACCUUUUUUUCAACAUAGCCGGUCAUAAAUCUGGCAAAAAUGGCUUGUGGGAACAUCGCGUUAAUGUAAAGGCUAAUGCCACUAUCGCAAUGGACUCGGAGGGAAUUCCGACGGGUCGGUACAAAAAUGUGGAUGAUACUCUGGCAGAUUUGCGCAUGGCUAUGGUCUUGGGCGAUCGUCUGCGUCAAAUGGAGGAAUACCCAACGCCUGGUUAUGAUGUUAAUUAUGUCCUUAAUACAUCGUUUGAGCCCAAUACACCCAAAUUUGUGGCUCGGUUCGUGCAUCCGGAGAGUGGGCGUUUCAUGGAUGUCCAUACAAAUCAGCCCGGCAUGUACUUUGCAACAGCAAACUUUUUUCCAAAUGAGGCGAGAGGUCAACAGCCAAUCAUGGGGAAGGAAUGCACUCGCUAUUGGAAGCAUUGUGCAUUCAACUUAAGAUUGCAAAAGUUUCCCGACUCUGUGAAUAAUCUAGAUUUCCCCACGACUGCUCUUUCGUCCGACGAUCGAUUCUUUAGCGAGACAGUUUUGCGUUUUGGCGUGCAAGAGACUUGGAAAUGUUGUGCCCAGAUGGAAGAAGACAUGCCUCCGCUGGAAUGGAACAAUGCCACAAUGGACAAACGUGUCACGUAGUUAUUUCUUUGCAGUCCUAUCGAUAUAUUGCUAAAUUCUCAUGAGCAUGUUUUAAGAAUUUACCCAUUAAAUCAAACGAAGAAA